AUAAGUUACGGUUUUAAGACAGACUUCCAAAUUUCUCUUCUCUCUCUUUUUCUGUAUAUAAUAGUUAACCUUAAAGCCUAACUUCUCUUUGCUAUUCUCUAGUUCUCUUCUUUUCUCUUCUCUCUUUCUUCUUUGGGAGUUCACGUCAGAAACAUAAAAAUAAACGAUAAUGGUGACCCCCAAACUCCCAUCGGACUUGGAAUCAGAAAUACUUUCUAGGGUUCCUCCCACAUCUGCAAAACGUCUGCAGUUAACUUGCAAGCGAUGGAACACUUUGUUCAAAGAUCAGAGAUUUAUCAACAAGCACUUGGGCAAAGCAGCAACACAGAUGCUCUUCAAAAAGGAUGAAUCGGUUUAUUCAUUCAGUCUCGAUUUCAAUGGAAUCCAUAAUAGAUAUGAUCAAUUUAUUACGAUUACAGGAAAAAUUCAGAGACUGAAGGAUUCAGAAGAUGUCAAGAUAUCUAAAAUCUUCCACUGUAAAGGUUUAUUGUUAUGCACGACCAAAGACAAAAAUCUCGUGGUUUGGAACCCUUGUACUGGUCAAACCAGGUGGAUCCAAUCUAACGGGUGCGCCAUGGACCAUGAGUAUUUUCUAGGAUACGGAAACAAGAACAAAUCAUGUGAUAGCCUCAAACUCUUGAGGUUUAGAUAUUAUUAUUCCUUUGAAAUGUAUGAGUUUAACUCUGAUUCAUGGAGAACUUUUCGUGACGAUGCUGUUAAUUGUGAAAUAUUAUGGCGAUCGAGUGGCGUGUCUUUAAAGGGAAAUACUUACUGGUUAUAUUCAGAUGAUGAAGACGACGACGAGGUGGUUAAUUGUAUUCUCAAAUUUGAUUUCACUAAAGAGAGAUUUGAACGUCUGUCUCUUCCUUUUCAUAAUGAUGAUAAUGAUGCGGGUGUAGUUCUAUCAGUUGUCAGAGAAGAGAAACUUGCGUUGCUAUUUCAGAGCUUUGAUAUUAAUAGUCCAUUAGAGAUGACGAUAUGGGUGACCAACACUAAGGCUGAUGAGGCCAAAGACUUUUCGUGGAGCGUGUUCUUAGUAGUGGAUUUCAGUAGAUUUAGAGAAUGCAUGACGAGGGUAAUUAGUUUCUUGGUGGACGAGGAGAAUAAAAGGGUCAUGUGUUGUCAUCAAGACUUUGAAGAGAAAGAGAGGACCAUAAUUUACGUUGCUGGAGAAGAUAUACAUAAAGUAGUCUAUAUAGAGCACAUUCCCAAGGGGAUAAUAAACAUUGACUUCAGGAGAAGCCUUCAACCCCCUAGUCCACUUCUCGUCAGUUAUGUUCCAAGUUUGGUCCAAAUUCCGUUAAAGCAAAGUAAUCCUGAUGGCAAAAGAAAAAGAUGAUUAGUUGAUUAUUAAUUAGGGUUGUUUCUGUUUAGUUAAUAAACAUACUCGCUGGAUUUUCUUUGUUUUCUUUUCUUUUCUUUGUAAACUUUUUUUUCUG